UUGUAAUUUUAUGUGCAUUUCACAUUCGAACGAUUUCGUUUGAAUUUGUUAAAGUGAACAUUUCAGAAACAAGUGGUCCAUUUAUCGCCAGUGAUUUUUAAAUAGUCCAGCAACCAAUCAGAGCGCUUCUUUCUGCCGAGCGCGUCCAAUAGGGGCCUCUCUCCUAAGAUGGUCGCUGAUCCCAUAAAAGAAAUCGGUCUCAGCCAGCGAUAGUGUCCUGCUCAAGCCAACAGACAUGUCGGAAUUUCUGGAGGACCCGUCCGUGCUCACUAAAGACAAGCUCAAAAGUGCGUUGCUGGCCCACAACGUGGCUCUGCCGAACGGCGACCAGAAGAAGGACGUGUACGUGCAGCUGUACUUGAAGAAUCUGACCGCGCAAAACAAAAAGAGCAGCGGUUCUCCAGAUGUCUUCUCCAGCGACGAGGAGCUGCCUCCAGCCCCCGUGGUCUCCAACAGGAGCCGCUCCGGCAGGAAAGCCACCAGGAAAACUGAUAAAGUUCGUCCAGAGGACAUUGAUGUCACUGAUUUGAGCAACGAGGCUUUGAAGGACCUGUUACUAAAGUACGGCCUGAAUCCUGGACCCAUUGUUGCAUCCACUCGGAAGGUCUACGAGAAGAGGCUUCAGAAGCUGUUGGAUCAAGGUCCUCCUGAGACUGUGGCCCCUCCCUCGGAGACCUCACAGACAGACGGCGGCCAGAAUGGCAACACAGACUCGGACCAGUACAGCGACAAAGAGGAAGAAACGGUAGCUUCGGCCCCUGAGUUUGUGCCCGAACCCGAACCUGAAGUGGAGGUAGAGCCGAUUCCAGUUGUGGAAAGACCAAUCAGGAGCAGAGGGAAAGCGCCGGUGACCAGCAGAACUCGUAGUGGGCAGCACAACAGGGAGGAUAAAGACGAGGAGGAAGAUUUGCCAGUUUUGAACAUUAAGAGAAAGUUGAAGAGAUCCUCUUACAGGCUGGAUCAGAUGGUUCCAACAAGCGACGACACCGAGAACUCUGAGCUCUCGUCUGCUGAAAACUUCUCUGUUUUUCAAGACAGGAGAAGAACAGGAGCUGUGGCAGCAAGAAAAGAGCCCAGACCUUUGGUCACAGACAGGAUGUCAAAGCUCUCAAAAACUGAAUCUCUGAGACGACGCAGUGCACCAGUCCGCUCAUUUCAGCCUGAUUUAAAUGAGACUCCUGAUAAGGAUUUUUCUGAGCCCUCAGUAGUAAAGGAGGUCUCUAUUUCUCUGGUGAGGAUGAGAACGCAAACUUUGGCAGAACCUAAGGAUCCCAAAGCCUCAAAGCGCUUUUCUAUGUCUGCGACUGACUGGUCAGAAUCAUUAAAACGUCACAACUCUUCUUACCAUUCAACCGUGUCCAGUUUACAUGGCAGCACUCCCAGUGACAAGUUUGAUGAGAAUGCCACUGAAAUCACCUCCCCUCCAGUUAGACCAUCCAAUCGAGAACCGCUAGUUUCCCUGCUUAACACUGCUUGCGUUGAGGUGGAUGGCCAAGGUAUGCAGGACAUGCUAAGCUGUAGAUCUUCAAGCCGUGCUUCUGUGGAACAGGAAGUCAAAUCUGUUACUGUAUCGACGCUUUCGAAGCCUCGUUUGAGUCAAACUAAGCCUUCCAAACCAUUGAAAGACAUGGUUAGCCAUCUUUCUUCCUGUGAUAGCCAAAGAGAGGUUUUCCCAUCACACUCGAGUUCUUUUAGGGAUUCGGCAUCCCGUGUGGCUUCAGAAGACUCUCUUUCUGUCUCGUAUGACAUUUCUCAGGAGAGCUUUGGCUCACCAAAGACAAAGUCCAAGACUAGACAGUCCAAAAUCACUCCUUUCUUUUCCCAUACCACUUCUGUCCAAGGACUUGAUAGCAGCCAGACGGAGACGCCAAAAACACCAACGGUUGAAAAGGUGUCUGCUAUUGAUCAGACCCCGAGGACAGUAGAGAGAGAUGUGCUUAAAGAGAUCUUUCCCACUGAAAACCUCAACACCCCUACUGGAAUCAGUGCCACCUGUCGCCGACCAAUCAGAGGAGCGGCUGGCCGGCCCCUGGUCGGAGAUGCAUGGCUGGAUGAAUCUCGUCUUCGUCUUAAGGAGCUCAGAGAAACCAGCUCCUCCUCCACCUACACAGAGACCCGAUCCGUUCCACGUGUGGCUUCCGUCCCUUUAGCCGCCUCCAAGCCCGCGGCGCCCCCUGCUGUGAAGACCAGAGCGCGCCGCAGCCUGCCGGUGUGGGUGCAGCUGCUGCUGCUCAGCGUGGUCGCAGGAUUCCUGUUCUUUGUCUACCAGGCCAUGGAGACAAAUGAGGUUGGACUCUUCAAGCAGAGCGGAGCAGAUGAUAGCACCAGCAAAUGAAUGUCAUGCCCCACUCUCUGCCCUCUUUAUCGUACUCAGCCAGCGCAUCUCUUUGUUGACUCGGCAGCCGUGGACUUUUAUCUGCGAUCUUUAUAGAUUCAUACAAAGACAGAAACCCAGAGUUUUCGCAACACAUGUCUGCUCACGAUCUCUUCCGAAUGAACCGGUUUAGAGGAAUAAAACCUGGUUAUAAUUUUAAAACGGUGACUUUUCUUGCAUUUUGUAUGUUGAGCGAGUGGGUUUGUUUUCAUUCGUAGAUUAUUUUACAGAAUAAUGUCGGUGCUGUCUAUGAAUGGGAGUCUUGAGUGGAGGUGCUGAAGGAGUUGGCUAAAUACACUUGUCUUCUUUGUAAACUACAAUUAGUGUCUACUUGUGGCAAUAUUUUUGCAUUUAUUUUCACAUGUAGCUCUUUAAAGGUAUCCAUCUUAACAUUGAUGCCCCUUGUAGUAUUUAUGUAUGUUGUUGAAAUACAAAUAUUUUCAAUAAACUGUUUUGCAAUGUAAGAUCAUUUAAUAUUUUAUCAUUUUUAAUCAUAAAAAAAAGUGGGUUAUUGGAAUCGUAAAUAAUUUUCUGGAAAAUGUACUCUUUAAGUGACUUGUUUAAGCAUAGCAAAAUCUUUAUACUGGACAAUGAGUAAAAUGCCCGCCAUUAUGCCCUUUACUCUGCUUUUAAGACCAUGAUUCAUUUACAAGUCAGUAUUCUGAAUAUGUAUUUAUUUUUACAUUUUAAAAGAUGCUGUGGAUUUGUGAAGUAAAGCUUGGAAGGUUUGGGUACUUUAUGUAUAUUAAUAAUAUGGUUUAAUAAAGCGGUUUAUCAUCAUA